AUGGUUGGCUCCAACAACUCUUCGCCUAUGGCGCGCAGUCCUCGGUCCAGAUCACCGGCAGUAUCAGGAAGGACAGACGAUUCAGGUCGACUGCUCCCUCCGCUGGCAUUAGGACAAACCAGAAAUGAGACACAAGACAUACACAACCCUUCGCCCUCAGACGGUGCCCCCAAGAUCAUGCGAUCUGCCCCAACAGGUUCGCCCUUGUCCACCAAAGAAGCCGGCGAAUUCCCUUUCAAUGCGCCCACGAAUACCAACGCGGGUAGCAUCCCCCUCGAAGCCGCUGAAGUCCCUAUCCGCGCCCCCAAACCCUCCUCGCACAUGUCAAAUGGCUCGACGAGCUCAUACUACCCUCCCUUUGCGCCCAUGUCCCGACACCCCACCGAGGGCGAGCUCUCCGACGCACCACGAGAACGCAAGAGCGUGCAAUUCGCUCGCUCGGCCACUUUCACAUCCGAUCCCCCCGCAGCAAACUCGCGGCAGCAGUCAUGGGAGGUUGAAGACGGCGAAGGAAAGGGCAAGGAGCGGAGCACACAGAGCUCGUCACUCAUGGGCAAGCUGAGGGCACUGGCAGCACCAAUACAAGGACACGGCCGAAAUCUGAGCGCGUUGGCAGGAAGCUCAGGUCAAGAAGGCGGCUCACCUCACGGCCAACUGUCACCCACAUCCGAACACGACGAACUGCGGUUUGAGGGCCACGAUAGCGAGGCAGAUGCUGAUGGCGAGUCAAGCGCUGGCGAGGGCGCUUCAAGGAGACCGAGACAGAAAAGGCGGAAGAGCAGCCGGCGCUGGUUUGAUGGCGAGGGCGAAGGCACACAGACGGCCCCUACCACUCCCAAGCAGACCACUGGGGGCUUCUUCGCACGUGACUCACCCAACAUGACGCCCACCUCGACACGCCCCGGCUUCCUCCGCCGAUCGACCAUGGAUGACAUACCUGAGAACGAGCGCCAGGGCUACUCAGAGGACGAAGGCCGUUCGCGCAUCGCAAAGGAGAGCGCCUGGACACGCGGACUGCACAGUGCUAGAGGGCUUUCAUACGGAGGUCUACGGAGACACGACCCAAACGCUGAAGAAUCGGAAGGACAACAGAGCCGACCUACAGGCAACUUGCGAAGUUUGACAACCUUCAGGGGUGCUGCUGGCGAGACACAACCCUCACCAUGGCGCAUGCGUAGUGAGCGAACGUCAAGUUUGAGUGCGCAGAAGUGGAAAUCCAUCAAGAACAGCCUCAAGCUUUUGGGCAACCGUCAAAAGGCAGAACGCCAAAUCGACCACGCAAAGUCAGCCGAACUCAUGGCUGAGUUGCUUGCAGGCGCACCUGCAGCCUUGUUUUUUGCCAGUAUGUUCCAGCGCGACGAGCAUGGCCAUAGAAGGAUACCAGUUCUUCUUGAGCAGCUCAAGGUCACCAUCACAGACACGGACCGCCCCGCCAAGAAGGAGGGCGAUCGUCACACUGCCUUGCGCAUAGAGCUGGAGUACGGUAGUGGUCUGACUAGGAUGAAGUGGGUUGUUUACCGAAGUGUCGCGGAUUUUGCGAACCUGCAUCUGAAGUUUAAAGUCCAGGAAAAGCAAGACGCUUUCCGUAGUCGUCCGGCUAACCGUAUGCGAGAAAUCAAGGACAAGGCCACCAAAGACGGCGAGAACGAAAAGGAGGAAGAAAAGGAAGAUCCGCGGACGAGGCUUCCGCGCUUCCCCAGGAGUGUAUUGCCCUACCUUCGAGGACUUCGCGGCUAUGGCAUCUUGGACGAUGAAGGCGAGGAAGAGGAGGAAGAGGUUGCAGUUGGCGGAGGAGCCAGCGGACCGGAAGGCGAUGCAAGCGCUACCGAACGGCCGACUAGACCCAAGCGAGGAAAAUCAUCAUUCCUAGGACGAAGGCAGUCCAGUGUAAGUGGUAGUCAGGCCCAGGGCGCUGUUGGUGCACUCGUAGCGAGACAGGGCAGUUUUGCAGGGGCCGCCGGUCAGCCUCUACAAGCGAAACAGACUCAUCAUGACCGACAAAGGAAGAAGUUGGAACAAUACCUGCGAGGUCUCAUGACUUAUCUCAUCUUCCGCCCUGACAGCAACCGCCUGUGCAAGUUCCUCGAGCUAUCUGCUCUUGGUGUCCGCUUAGCGGCCGAGGGUGGCUAUCAUGGCAAGGAAGGUUAUAUGAUGAUCAAGUCUUCGAAAGGUGUCGACAACAGGAAGGGCUGGACCAAACUAGCCAUGAUGAACCGUCACUGGCCAAAGUGGUUCCUAGUAAGGCAUAGCUACGUCGUCUGCGUUGAUUCCCCCGAAGAAAUGAACGUCUAUGAUGUCUUCCUGGUCGAUGCCGACUUCCAUCUCGACACCAAAUCUGCCAGGAUACGAGACAAGAAAGCCAGAGAUCUUGCAAGCGAAGCGAAGGCGUCGGCAACAGGUCACCACCAGCUCAAGCUCGUCAACGCUGAACGCAAGAUGAAGCUGCUUGCUAGGAACGAGAGGAUGUUGCAUCAGUUCGAAGAGUCGAUCAAUUUCAUGUCACAAAAUACAUUGUGGUCUCAACGCCAGCGGUUCGACAGUUUCGCUCCCGUGCGCAAGAAGAUCUACGCACAGUGGCUUGUGGAUGGUCGUGACUACAUGUGGAAUGUAUCUCGAGCUAUUAGUAUGGCACGAGAUGUCAUCUACAUUCACGAUUGGUGGCUCAGCCCUGAGCUGUAUCUGCGUCGUCCAGCUGCUAUCAGUCAGAAGUGGAGACUUGACAGAUUACUCCAACGCAAAGCACAAGAAGGUGUCAAAAUCUUUGUGAUUAUGUAUCGCAACAUCGGCGCUGCUAUUCCUAUUGACUCCGAGUACUCCAAGUUUUCUCUGCUUGAUCUCCACCCGAACAUCUUUGUUCAGCGAUCGCCAAACCAAAUUCGCCAAAAUACCUUUUUCUGGUCUCACCACGAGAAGAUUUGCGUCAUUGAUCAUACUGUAGCUUUCUGCGGAGGUGUCGACUUGUGUUUCGGUCGCUGGGAUACACCGCAACACGUUGUGGUUGACGACAAGCCUACAGGCUUUGAACUCGAUGACACACCCAAGGACGCCGACCACUGUCAGCUAUGGCCAGGUAAAGACUACUCCAAUCCUCGUGUGCAAGACUUCUUCGCUCUCGACAAACCCUACGAGGAGAUGUACGACCGCUCGAAAGUUCCUAGGAUGCCAUGGCACGAUGUCGGUAUGCAGAUUGUGGGUCAACCUGCUCGCGACCUGACCCGUCAUUUUGUACAGCGAUGGAACUACCUGUUGCGUCAGCGCAAGCCUUCGCGACCUACACCCUUCCUUCUUCCCCCACCCGACUUCAACCCAGCCGACAUCGAAGCUCUUGGGCUCGACGGAACUUGUGAAGUGCAAAUCCUACGUUCUGCUUGCGCAUGGUCACUGGGCACGCCCAACAAGGUUGAACACAGUAUCAUGAAUGCGUACGUGCAAAUGAUUGCCACCUCUGAACAUUUUGUCUACAUCGAGAACCAGUUCUACAUCAGCAGCGGCGAAGUGCUGGGAACCAAAAUCGAGAACAAGAUCAACGAUGCCAUUGUCGACCGCAUCAAGCGCGCCCAUGCCAAUGACGAAGACUGGAGAGCAUGCAUCAUGCUCCCGCUCAUGCCUGGAUAUCAGAACACUGUCGAUGAACAAGACGGUAGCAGUGUCCGCCUCAUCAUGACAUGUCAAUAUCACAGUAUCUGCCGUGGCGAAGGCUCUAUCUUUGGACGCUUGCGAGCUGCCGGCAUUGAACCCGAAGACUACAUCAACUUCUACGCACUUCGAUCAUGGGGCGAAAUUGGUCCGAACAAGAUGUUGGUCACCGAGCAAUUGUACAUCCACGCGAAGAUCAUGGUAGUCGAUGACCGAGUUGCGAUUAUCGGUUCCGCAAACAUCAAUGAGCGUUCUAUGCUCGGAUCUCGAGACUCUGAGAUUGCCGCUGUGAUUCGCGAUACUGAACUACUUGAUUCGUACAUGGGGGGUCAGCCAUACAAGGUCGGCAAGUUCCCACAUACAUUGCGUAUGCGCCUCAUGCGAGAGCACCUUGGUGUUGACGUUGACUGCAUCUCCGAGGAGGAGAUGCUCAGCCAGAUGUCCGAUACUGAUAGUGUCGGUUUCCAGACUGAGUCUUCUGGACCUGGAUCACCAACAGCUCACCGCGCGACUGAACAGAAGCUGGAAGAGAAUAGGGUUAAGAUGCAGGAUGAGCUUAUUAUGAAGGCGGAGAAGUUGCACAGCUUCAACCAUGAUUUCGACUGGGCGCAGGACCACAACCCUCAUUUACAGAGCAACAAGAAGCCAUCAGCGGAUUCUCGCGUCCAACACAACUCUGCACAUACCAAGGAUGUUCGUGGCGAGGGCGCUGAUCACAUGCUCGAAGCUGUGGAGACACGGCCAGUGUCAACUCUCGCCAGGGACUCUUACAUAGACGAACAUGGUCAUGAAAAGCUCGUCACAGACAUUGCUGCAGAAGGCGCUGCGGCUACACCAAGGAAGAGUGCAACGAUCAAGACGCGAAAGCGUAGUGGCACUACUGGUACCCGGGCAAGCGCUGUGAGCGCACAAACCGACGGAACUGGUUAUGCUGGCCUCCCACCUCCCAAGCUACCCCGUAUGGACACCUUGAAGCUAGGAUUGACACAGCUCAGCCAACUACCUGCCUUGCCGCUUCUCGACGAUACAGAUAUUGGCGGUCCACCUGCACUACAACGAACCGUCAGCCAGGGCUCUUCGUCGGUCAUCAACCCUCUUCUUUCCGAGAUGCGACGACCUAUCGUCACCGAAGACUGUAUGCGCGAUCCCAUCAACGACACUUUCUUCCUCGAUACUUGGCACCAAAUUGCAGAGAACAACACGAAGCUUUUCCGCCAAGUCUUCCGCUGUAUGCCUGAUAACGAAGUCCGAACAUGGAAAGAGUACCAGGAGUACGCUGCCUUCUCAGAACGUUUCACCAAAUCUCAAGGUGGAGACAAGAGUCAGAUGCACAAGCAACAGGAGGCGCCAGGUACGACUGGACCGCCCGGUACCGGUCUUACGAGCAAGUUCACCUCGGGUGCUGGUGCUGUUGGAAAGCAAGUCGGAGCCCUAGGCGAAAAGCUCACCGAAAAGAUGACAAACAACUCCGACCGAACCAACGGCGAGAAUAUCCGCGGAACAACCCACCACUCCAGCAUGGGCGGCGUAGAACAAUGGGCCGACGAUCAAGAACAACGCGUACAAUCCCAAAGCCCACCUCCUUCCGCCACCCGUGGUCUCCACGUUGACACAGCAUCUGGCUCAACCCUAAACGAGAAACUAGCUCCCGAACCCGCCGACGACGCCGUAGUCUCCCCCAUGAACCCCGCUCCACCAGAGAAGACGUUCACCUUCCCUGCUGCACCCCCGAUCCCCAACGAUCACACCUCGCACACAGACUUUGCCCAAAACCAAAACGGACCGCCGCCAACAUCCCACUCCAACCGCGACCGCUCCCAACGCGUCACCAUCUCUGAACCCCCGAUCCACCCUAACAUGCUCCCUUCGUACCAAAACCAACAGAAUAGCAACAAUACGCCCAACCGCUCAAACACCAAACGCUCCCGUCGUCGUGCGACGACGAAAUCAUCAAAUAGACAGUUUCACGCGACGGAUGCGGAUAUCAUGCUGGAUAAGGAGGACGCGAAACACUUGCUCGAGUUGGUCCAGGGGCACAUUGUGCUUUGGCCUUACGAUUGGUUGGAGAGUGAGGAGAGGGGUGGGGGUUGGCUGUAUAAUGUUGAUCAGAUUGCGCCGCUGGAGAUUUAUAAUUAA